AUGUCAACCAUGGUCUUUGUAGAGAUUCUUCAAAAAGCUGGUUGUACUUUGGAUCUUGACAAAUCGUCAGUUACAUUUCACAUUUCAUUGGAUUACAUUACCUCAUCUUCUUAUUAUUCUUAUUCUUGCCAAACUUACAUUCUUUUCCCCCGAAAUAUCACAGAGGUCGAGCCUAUUCUGUUUCGCAGACAAUUAGGACGAAUUUUGCGCAGCCAUGCGAAUUACCCAGACAUUGUCGAUGAGUUUAUAGAGAAUCUUCAAACGGUUACUGAAGACGUAGAAAUCUUUAGAAGAUGUCUGUUACCUUCAACGGUAUCAGAACAAGUAUCAAGAUCAAGCCGAGCCACAUUAAAUUCAACUAGUCUUUUCAAGACCCUUUUGGCAGUGGAUGUUGUUCAACCAAAGAUAAUCACCUAUCUUCUUGAGAGACUUCCUGAGUUUUACACUGAAUUGGAGAAUGACAACUCAAGCUCAUCUACUCCUCGUCUCAUCCUUCAACAACUUCGCUGGUUGGAUUAUAUUGUUGAACCAGAAGUACUGACAGACAAACUUAUUGAGAUUAUUGAUAUUACACCACCUAUAAUCCAGCAUGAGAUCAUUACUUCUUUACCAGAGAUUAUUAAUGACUCUGAACACAAACCUAUUGUCGUCUAUCUGAAAGAAUUGAUGAUGAUCAAUACUGUCUUGACUGUUCCAAUCCUAGAUGCUCUCUCCAAUUUGACACUUCAUUCAGAAAGCUUGGAUGAUGUACGAGAUGUUGUACUAGAAAGACUUGAUUCUGCAGAACUGGAUGAUCUUCCAGUCAUUGUUAAAUUCUUGCUUCACACCGUCUCUCCAACCACAGUUGAUAUUGUGAUUUCUGGUAUUCGUCAAAAUCUAGACUUUAGAACCCUGGGGAAAGUACAGCAGGCCGAAAUUUCACAUUCUGUUGCUGGCCAUAAAUCCAAACUACAGAAAGAGGAUUCUAAUAAGCACUAUCCAGAGGCCUUGAUUUUAGAAUCCAUCAAACUUGGCUUACAAGUUCACAAGUUUGUCUGUGAUGGCUGGAUUAAGGCAAUCUCGGCACUCAAUGGACCACGUGAACAUAAAGUAUUGGAUGUCUUGAUCCUAUUCACUUUACACUCUAUGCCUUCCACAAAGAAAAAGGCAGAAUCCAUAUUUAAGAAAAAGAUUCUUUGUGGUGGGAUUACUGGUGCUCUUCUUGAAGAAACAAUACUCUGUCAUGCAAAUGGAUUGACAAGUUACUGGAAUACAAUCCUUUCUCUGACAGAAUUUGUAUUGCGCUCCAAUCAAAAGAGUACCGCAGUCGCUCAAUGUGCAGGUGCACUUUAUGCUAGUGCAUUCAAAUCAUGCGAUGCUUAUUAUAGACAGGAAAUCGUUGGUUUACUUGUAACCCACAUUGGCAGUGUUGAAAUGAAUGUAGCACUCAGUGUUCUGCUCAAGCUAGUUAGGUCGGAUGCCAAAAGCAUGGCAGUGUAUGCAGACUUUGUAAAAGGAAUCUUGGAUUACCUCGAUAAUCUUUCACUUUUCCAGAUCCGUACACUCUUUAACAUCUUUAGUGUCCUUGCAUUGAUGGUGGAAGACCAUUGUGAUGGAAGAGAUUCUAGUCUCUGGUCUGAUAUCCAGAUUGUUAUUCGCAAACAGCUAUCAAACCCACGAGAGAAAUAUAAAAAGAUUGGUAUUAUAGCGUGUAUUGCUGCUAUUGAGGUUCUUGGAUCAAAACAAACUUGUUCUGAAGCAGCGACCGGUUCAAGCACACAAGGUAACUCGGAUUCGUACACCGCAGAACAGGCUCUGCGACAUCCGGUACUCAAACAGGCCAUUGAUUUGGUUGAUAUGGUACUUCGGCAUUGUAAGCAGUAUCCCUUAUGCUUGGCAUUAGUCUAUGAUGAACUUUCUCACUCGGUGAAGAGUGGUUGCUUAGACAGGCGGUUUGAACUUUGGGUUCGGGACAAGAUGACAAAUGAUUUCCUUGAAAGCUACAUGAUGGAUCUAGAGGAAGCUACUCAGAAAGUUGAAUCUGCACAAAACAACCAUGAGAUAUCGUUUAAGCCAGAACUGUGGAUGAAUCUGGACAAAGAGGAAUCACAAGUUGUCAUUAACCUUUACGACUUGGUUCAUGGAGUAGAAGAAUCCAAAAGAAGAUCGCUUGUGAUCCCGCUUUGUUCAAUCUUUAACCUCAUGCAGAGCUGCGAAAAAAGAAUUACGGACGGGAAACUUGACGAUGUGGAUGCUGUAUUGGGUUGUGGAAUUGUUCUUUUUCAAGUGGAUGAUAUUGAUAAUAUGGUUCGUGAACUUCAUCCAGAAGAGUUUGAAGAAGCUUGCGAUCUCUUGUUUUAUGCAGUCAAUUGGUACAGAGAACUUAUCAAGGCAUUUUCUACGCUUGAGGAUGCAGAAACACGCGAAAAACUUGCUUUACGUUUGAAAAACAUCAUCACGCUCGAAAGUGUACUUGAGAAACUCUUGAAACAUGUACCAGGCUUUGUGCCCCUUGAAUUCCAUGCGUCUUCUUCAGCCCCAAACACAAGAGACAGCACAAAGGCCCACCCUGGUACACAAAACAGUCAAAUGAUUAAAUCUGAUCCUACUUCUGGUCAAGAUUCCCAAUUUGAGAUUUUCAAAGCUCCUUUCAAGAAAGACGCCGGGCCUCGAGCAUAUUUACCACAAUUCGAGACUAUUAAUGAUUUGAGAAAGUACAUGCGUGCUUUAGAUAUUAAUGCACUACGUCUACUAAAGCCUGUCGAAACUUCUAGUGGAGAAAUCAUUAAAUUUGAUUACAAAGAAAACAAUUAUCUCUUGAAGGAUCUAAACCAGAAGCUUGACAUAAAGCUUGGACAGACAGUAAAAAAGAAGAUCAAUGAAGAUAGAUUUCCUACAAGCAAUGCCAUACUUUUAGAGAAAAUAAGCGCAGCCCGGUUUGUAAAAGAGGUGGUUCAAUAUUUGCCUUUGAUCCUUCAAACGCUAGAAAAUCUAUAUGAAGAUGCACAACUUCAGGAAAAUGAACCUGGAAGAGUAGAAGAGGGAGGAAGAGAAAUGGCAUUGAGUAUUAAGUUGUGUGUCAAUAUUCUUUCAAAACUGUUCUUGUGGCCUGAUCUUGAGAAUAUUGAAAACAGUUUUAUUCUACAAAGCCUCGUGAGUUGUUUGGCUGACCGGAUAUCCGAGAUAUCCACCAAAAAAAACGCGCUCAAUUCAAUUAUCCAAGACGCAUUUACGUAUCUAUCCCGCUUUGGUGACAAUAUGAUGGAAGCCAGACCUUCAGUAGAUCUGUCCAAGAUUCUGAUUCGCAUGAUGGCACUUUCUGACAAUCCAUCCUCCAUGAAACCAGGUGCACUGGCGGCAAUAAAUCGUAUCUUGUCUACAAACUGGCUCGAUAGAAUAACCAUAAAGAAAGAUAUUCUUUUCUUGGUAGAAAAAUCGAUUGAAUUAAGUGAGGAUCCUCUCCAAGUUAUGUAUGAGUACAUGACAUUUGUGUUACCCACUUACGAGAGAGACAGCUGUGAUGAAAGAGAUCGAGUUGUUGAAGACUACCCUUUACUCAGACCAGACACAGUAUUAUAUUACUAUCAAGCUGUGUUGAACCAAAUAGUCAGUAACCUACAGUCUUCUCAAAGAUCUGGUAUGGAAUUCGAAGACAUGGUUCUUUACUAUUCAAAGAUUGUCAAGCUCUUUGAGCGCACUACAAAUAAUAUCAAAAUCAAGAGCCAGCGUGAACUCUUUAUUCAUUUGCUCAAGACCGGCCGAGUCUUUAUCAAACUCUUUACGGUGAUCUGUAUUCCGUUUUUUACCAAUGUGUUCAAGGCUUACAGAGAAACAAUCCUUUCGACAUUCAAGGAUUUCCAGACAAGUACUCGAAUUCUUCAAACAAUUUGCUCUCAUGUAAAGGCAGUCAAGGAUAAUAAUCUAGCUUCACAUGUGCCAGCUCUAAAAAUGGCCUUGGAGAAUGUCCUUUAUCAAGUGAAGAUUCUGUUGAAUGAAAACAAUGUGCCGUCUGAUGCAUUUGUAUUGGGUGCAUUGAAACAUAGAGAUAUUCGGGGUGUUGAAGUAUCUUCUCAGCUUCCACGAGAUGAUGUGUCUGAUGAUGAAGAUGAAGAAGAACAAGUGAUGGAAUUACAAGAGGGAUCUGAUAAUGAGGAAGAAGGAGAAGAAGGAGAGGAGGAGGAGGAGAGUGAAGGUGGUCAUCUGGGUCCUGCUACAAAGAGACGUUUGGAAGCAAAGAAAGCAUAUCAAAAGUCUCGUAUGGGAAAUUCGACGUAUUCUAUUCGAACAACCAGUCAGAUCCCAGCCAGUUCAGAUGAAGAAGAUUCGUUGCAGUUUUCAGAAAAUGGGUCUGAAGAUGAAUCAGAAACCUCUAGUCCUACCGCCCCUUUAUCCUACAGCCCAGAGAGUAUUUCAAAGUCGUCCAAGAUAUCUGCUGCUGUGCAUGAACGACCAAAACUCUCGGAGCCUCCUAACAAGAAAGGGCGGUUUGCAAAGAAUCAUCGGGAUGCGAGUGGGAAAGACAAGGUCUUUUCUCUCACACGACUAAAGACUGAAAGCGAAGAAGAAUGA